AUGAAUAUAUUUAGGCCAUCCCAUAUAGUUUUUGUAACGAUAAAAUUAGGACUACUUUAUAUUUUAUAAGAUAGUGCAUUGGAGAAUUCUAUUAAGCAAAUACCCUUUUUUAAUACAAAAUUUACUGAUUAUUCCAGAGUUUAAGAAGCAUUCUAUUUUAUUGGGUAGAAUUAAGAUCCAUAUCAAGUCGAGCAUAUCUUUUAGAAACCUUUCAUGGUCUAUGGAUUGUAUUACUUGAAGAAUAUUCCUGGAGCUAUAACAGUUUUAUUUGUGCUUUUUGAUUUAUUAUUAGCUGAAUUAGUUUCUAAUUUAGAAUUUAGUCACUCAAAAAAAAAAGAUCUUCAGACUAGAUAGAAGAUUAGUAAUUUUAUUAGAUAUGCAUAUCAUUUAAAUCCCCUCAGCUUUUUCGCUAUCAUCACAAAAUGGACAUCUAUAUUUGAAUACACUUUUGGAUUAUUAGCAGUAUAUUUGUUUGCAAAAAAUAACAGAUUUUUAGGUAGCUUAUUUUAUGGAGUAUCAUUAUAUUUGAAUCCAACUAUGAUAAUGCUUAUUGUACCUUUGGUAUGCUCAAGUUUUCUCAACAAGUAAAAGGCUGCUCUUUCUGUAUUCUCAAUUGUUGUUAGCUUUUCAGUGUUUGUAGCAUUACUUUUUGCUUCAUACAUUUUGUUAGGAUCUUUGAACUUUUUUAAAAAUGCUUACAUCAGUGCUUAUCAUGUAAAACUCUUUUAGCCUUCAAUAGGUUUAAUGUGGUCAAUAUUCUCAGGAAUGUUUAAUAGUUAUCAAAAUAUGUAUCACAUGAUAUACUUUUUCUUACCCCUCUGUCAUAUUUUUCCUUUAGUAUAAAUAUCCUAUAAAGCAAUUAAGGAUAACUAAUUUACUUCAGGAUUAUAUGGAUUCAUAGCAGGUGUAUCUCUAUUUGUAGGUUAUUAUCACUUUUCUUUCAUAACAGUAUAUGAUUUGAUAAUUAUAUUUACUCUUUUGUUCACAGCCUAUGAAUAUAUAGUAGAAAUUAAAGUAUUUGCUGUUUUGUUUUAUGCUCCUUUGGUAGUUUUAGGACUAACUUCUAUGCUUGGUAUUUACUGGUUUUAUGGAUUAACAGGAAAUCCUAACUUCAUGUUUAUACAAACAAUGGUGGCUUAUGUAUUCUUAAUAAUAAUGGUUACUGAAGCUUUGAAAUCAUUAUGUUUCUAAAAGAAAAAUGAAUUAAAAGAAUUAAAAGAUCAGGAAGAAAAAUCUAAAAAUGAUUAAAUUAAUUUAGCUGAAAAAAAGAAUAAUUGA